AUGUUCAGGCUCGGAAGAAACUCCACCGUUGGUAGAUUAGCCAGAGGGAAAUGGUACUCGCAAAUUAGUAAAAAUGCUGAGAAUUCACAGGUCACUACUUUGGAUAACGGUGUGAAAGUUGCUACUUCAAAUGUUCCUGGACACUUUUCAGCUCUGGGUUUAUACGUUAAUGCAGGAUCACGGUUUGAGGAUAAGAAUUUGAAAGGAUGUACCCAUAUUAUGGACCGUUUGGCAUUCAAAUCUACUGAUCAUAUUUCCGGAAGAGACAUGACAGAGACGUUAGAACUCUUGGGGGACAACUAUCAAUGUUCUUCAUCUAGGGAAACGAUGAUGUAUCAAUCGUCAGUUUUCAAUCCUGAUGUGGAAAAGAUGUUCCAUUUGAUGUCGGAGACUGUGAGGUAUCCGAGGAUCACAGAGGAAGAAUUAGAAGAACAGAAGACUACCGCGUUAUAUGAGAUCGAUGGUGUUUGGCAGAAACAUGAUUUGAUCUUACCUGAGCUAUUGCAUCAGACGGCAUACUCUGGUGAGACUCUUGGAUCCCCUUUAUUGUGUCCAAAAGAAUUGAUCCCGUCUAUCUCCAAAUAUUACUUGACCGAUUAUAGAAACAAGUUCUACAACCCAGAGAACAUCGUUGCAGCAUUCGUUAGUGUUCCUCACGAUGACGCCGUUCAAUUGACAGAGAAAUACUUUGGUGAUAUGAAGAGUAAAUACCCGCCCGUUACUAAGAAACCAGCGAAGUAUACAGGCGGUGAGUAUUGCAUUCCUCCGGGUCCUGUCUUCGGAGGAUUACCCGAGUUAUAUCAUAUGCAAUUAGCCUUCGAAGGGCUACCUAUAGAUCAUCCAGAUAUUUAUGCGUUGGCUACUUUACAAACUCUUCUAGGUGGUGGUGGAUCGUUCAGUGCCGGGGGUCCAGGUAAGGGAAUGUACUCUAGGCUGUAUACGCACGUUUUGAACCAAUACUAUUACGUGGAAAAUUGUGUUUCAUUCAACCAUUCCUACAGCGAUUCAGGUCUAUUCGGUGUAUCUAUUUCGUGUAUACCACAAGCUGCUCCAUUCGCUGCCGAAAUUAUUGCACAAACUUUAUCGAAUGUGUUUGCCAACGACAAACUGAAGUUGACGAAGGAAGAAGUGUCAAGAUCAAAGAACCAACUAAAAUCAUCUUUGUUGAUGAAUCUAGAAUCUAAAAUCGUAGAACUUGAAGAUUUGGGAAGACAAGUGUUAUUGCAUGGUCGUAAGAUACCAAUGAAAGAAAUGAUGGAAAAUAUCGAAAAGCUUACCGUCGAUGACAUUAAACGUGUUGCUGAAACGGUUUUCACAGGCAAAGUCAAUAAUCCUGGUAAUGGUAACGGGAAGGUGACGGUUGUAAUGCAAGGUGAAAGAGAAUCCUUUGGUGAUAUUGAAACAGUAUUAAGAUUCUAUGGUCUAGGUAACUACCCAAAACUAGACGUACCAAAGAUGAAGAAACAGGGUUGGUUUUAA